AACUGGCAAAACAUUUCACUUCAAUUUCACUGCAUUAUGGCUGAGUGCCUGUGGAUUUUCUUCGCUCUUCGCUAUUCAUCUUAACAUUACGAUUCCUCGACCAGUAGGAGUCUUCAUACCUAAAUCCAAAAUCAUCGAUGAUUACUGUCAUAGGAAAAGCCCAAAAAAAAAAAACAAAAAUGAAACCAACUUAUGCAGGCAUAGGCGUUGGAAUGUGGAGGUAGAUGAUGAAGGGCUGCGUGGACUCUGUCGUUCAGGACCCAACUUGGGAAUUGCAAUGGUUGACGUAGAUAUGCUUUCACUGUAUAGUUCAGGACCCAACUAGUACCCAUAAACUACACGUGAUAUCUGAAAAGAAAAUAUAUAUAAAUGAUAAAGUUUAUACAUUUAAUAGAUGUACAUUGGACAGAUAUGAAUCCGCUUUACAACUUAACGGAAUUGGAUUGCUGCUAGUUUUGUCGUACUCCUCUCAAGACAUUAUAUGCAAAAUAUAGAAGGGCCUUUCGGAAAGUCAAGGAGCGACCAAACCAAUCUAGCACUAAACCUCAUCAGUAGCUAGCAGAAAAGAAAUAGGAAAAUGGGUUCUGAGUCUCAGUUUCAGAUUCCAGUUAAUCUCAGGCGAGGAAAUGGUAAAUGGCAAGGUUUAUGCAGAAGGGUGCGAGAGGCUUGUGAGAAUUAUGGUUGUUUCGAAGUGGUGUAUUAUCUCCGAGAGGAGACCUUUUCCUUGAUAAGGCAACUUUUUAAUCUUCCAUUGGAGACGAAGAGGAAGAACAUUAACCCAAAGCCUUAUCAUGGAUACUACGAACCGGGUAGUGAAUUCCUUCCUUUCUAUGAAAGCUUUGGACUUGAAGAUGCCUCCGACUGUAACUCUGUCAAAAGCUUCGCCCAACUUAUGUGGACUCUUCUGGUAGUCGAAAUUAUAACUCUUUUAAUAUGUUUUGAUCCAAGUUGUUUUUCCAGGAAGACAGCCCCCAUCCUUUGUUUUCUUGCCACAAGCCAAACGAUUAACACUCUGAUGAAGCAAUUGGAGGAGCUGAGCCAUGUGAUUGGUUCGAUGAUCGUUGAUAGUUACGGCUUGGGAGGGAAACCGGAGUCGUUCAUGACACAUUACGAGCUACUGAGAGUGAUGAAAUACGUGGCACCUCCUUCCGGAGGAUAUACAACUGUGGGCUUGCUUCAUACCGAUAAAUUCUCCAGUGCACUCCUUUGCGAGGAUGGGAUUUCAGGGCUAGAAAUUGAAACCAAAGAUGGACAGUGGGUCAAGCUGUUUCCAUCUCCCGGUUCCUUCGUCUUUAUCGUUGGAGAUCUACUCACGGCGUGGAGUAAUGGCAGAAUGCAUGCGGUGAAGCAUAGGGUGAUGAUGAGUGGAGACAAAGACCGGUAUUCUUUGGGAGCAUUUGCAGUGCCUGUGGAGGGUACGAUCAUCAAGGCACCAAGAGAGACGGUAGAUGAGGAGCAUCCUCAAGUUUUCAAGGAUUUUGAUCUCAUGGACUUCCUCAAUUAUGCAGAUUCGGAGGAAUCAAUGGCAAUAGACUCUGCAAAGAAGCUCUUCAUAUUUGCUGCUCAACCAAAGAGAGUAGUGUAAGGAAAUUGUUCGAGUGGGUGACCACCAUAAAGAAAGGAUUUAGGUAGUACUCUGUUUUGGUUAAUACGACAAUGUAAUUGUAUCUUGCAAAAAGACCAUGCGAGUUAUCACAGUGGAAUUAUAAAAAAUAAAUCAAUUGAAGUUUUGAUAAUUACAAUGAA